AUGACCUACGACGUCCACGACUCGGACAAGGGCACUGCCCCUCUCCUCUACCCGCCGUUCGGCCCCAGCUCGGCAUCAAGUGCUGCCCCGCGCAGCCGCGCAUCGACGCGCCCGUCUACCCGUGCCUCAACUCGCCCCUCUACUCGUGCAUCUAGCUUCAGCGAGUUCUCGCUUCGCUCAGCGCGCUAUUCGAGCAUGUCGCUCGCUUCCAGCGUGCCGAGCAGCGAAUCUUGGUCGCCUUCUGCGGAGGAGUGUGGAUGCUGCCCCUCUUCCCACGACAACAACACGCAGCUGACCACUGCGCCCUCCUCAACUCGCAAGUGGAGCGGUAAGGCGCGCGAGGGGCUUUUCACCUCACCCGAAGGCGAUGCCGUCAUGGGCAAGCUUGAUGGCCCCCUUAUCCGCGUCUAUUCUGCUCGUGCGUGCAGCUGGGUGAACGGCGACUUCGAAGAGGUCGGCGAGUGGUUCACCUCUCUCAUGCUCUCCCUUGGUAUCCCCGUUUACCCUUCCAACGGACGGUUCCAUCUCUCUCCCACCGGCCCCAAGUUGGCCUGGCUGCGCGGCUCGAUCGACAUCUUCCGCCCGACCGACGAUGCGCGCUGCAGCCACUGCCGCCAGCACAAAGUCCGCAACUGGCGCGGCACACCGGUCACGUUCCCUUGUGUGGUGGAGGCCGAUUGCGCCGACGGCCCCGUCCCGGUCAGCUCCUGUAUGGGCUGCAAGGCCGCCGGCCUCCAGUGCGACCUGUACCAGGGCUCUACCCCCGCGGUUGCGCCCGAGAUGCAGCGCUUCGAGCUGUGGAACUUCUCGGAGCUGCUCGCGGUCGCAAGAGACGCAACGGCGACACUCGACGCGCUCAGCCGCAGCAACAAACAAGGGGCCUGCCAGCAGGCAGCGAUGCAGGACGUUGCGCGCAGCAUCGGCUGGCUCACCGAGCAGCUCGAGUGCGCCAAGCGCCUCGAUCUCGACGCAGAUAGUAAACUCUAA